UGUGGUGCGUGCUGCGUUCAUGGAUCCCCUGGACGGUGUGCAAUUUGGAGAGAUUUGCGCCCAGAGACACCGGCCCCUGAAAUCAGUCUUCAUUUGUCAGACUGUCUCCAGGUACACAUUCAUGUUGUGUUUUGACACUAGUUUGGCUUGUAGCUGUCGACUGUGCGGCUGCUAGACAUCAGGAUAUCACUUCUGUGUAAAGCAACAGGCUGCUGGCGGGUUUCUUAAGAAGAUUAAGUUGCACAGAAAAACAGCAACAACCUCAGGCUGGUGGCGUAAUAACAACCACAAAUGCUUGGCUUCUUUAGUUAGGGCCUGUAUUUGGUCAAAGGAUAAUGAAAUAUCUGACAAACUGUGACAUUUUUGCUUUGAACUGGAUGAAAUAUCUGACAAACUGUGACAUUUUUGCUUGCAACUGAAUGAAAAGAAAGAAAGGGAAGGGAAGAGGAGUCUGAUGUGUACUCAUGACACUGGAAAAACCUUAAUCAAGAGCUGUUUGUCUCUCAUUCUGUCAUUUUCUCUCCCUUUUGUAUAUACAUUUCUUAUCCAGUUUUCGCCUACAAACAAGCAGGACCGACACGGUGUCAGCGGUUCAGCCUGGAGCUUCAACAAUUUGUAUUCAGCCUCACUGUUGACACUCCUCGGCCCUCCUCGGUGUUUAAAACUGGGCUUAAUCUUCCUUGCACCUGCCACCGCCGUGCCAGGCUAUAAAUACAUCUCACAGUUUAUGCGUCUGGGGGUCAUAAUAGGAUCCACCUGGUGUUACGGUGACGAAGCCUGCUGGAUACUGAGCCUGGCUUGAAGAUGCCCUAGGAGCCACGGGCAAAGACGUUCCUACUUAUCUAACACCUCGGGCAGCAGUGAAAGGAUCUUGUGUUCUUCGCAGGCCAAUGUAAAUAUAUCCAGCCAAGGAGAAGAGGAGGAAAUAGCCCUUGAUGUAACGGAUGACAAAGGAUUUCAAGGAACGCCUAAGCGGCCAUUUUUUCUGUUUUGCCGGGAUGGCAUGAGGUGAGCACAGCAGGAGAAGCUGUUGGUGAAUUUUGGAGUCAUCAGAAUCACAUUGCUGGUAAAAGAAUUUCUGCUGGAUUUAGCUUCGGGGUUGAUGCUCUGUCAUUACGAAUAUGACGGCUGAGGAACACACUCUGCACCUUUUUUGCUGCCACGGCGUGUCGGCACUGCUCAUCACCGUGCCGUAGAUUAUAAUGUGCUGCCACUGUCCUGGAGCUGGAACUGUGAACAUCAGCACACAUCCACCAUUUCUGUUUCACCGGGCUCAUUUUACAGAGUGAUAAUGGACCCGAAUGCAGUGUUUUAGCCCCUUCUGCCGCCAGUCUAUCCCCCUCAUUUGGACAAUCAAAAGUGGACACAAGAGACACUUGAACGCCUCGCUCAACGCUGAAAAAACGCCGGCGCCGCUGUAUGCGGAUUGAUGUUUCUGUGUAAUGUGUGCAUGAGUGCACUGCAGCCUUGGAUCCAUCGUGGAACCACAAUCCCCCGGGGCGUCCCCCCUUCGGGCCGGAGACGCUACAAACCAGCAACUACUCCCUGGUGCUGCUGAUCCAGCUGAGCCUGCUGUCCUUCGACCUGUUCGUCAACUCCUUCAGCGAGCUCCUGAGGGCCGAGCCGGCUGUCCAGCUCGUACUCUUCAUUAUCCAGGACAUCUCCAUCCUCUUCAACCUCAUCAUCAUUCUGUUGAUGCUGUUUAACACCUACGUGUUCCAGGUGGGCCUGGUCUUCAUAUUACUGGAGCGCUUCAGAGUGAUGCUGCUGCUCUCCUCGCUCUAUCUGACCCUCAGCAUCAUCCUCCACACAUGGAUGAUGAAUCUCCGCUGGCUGAGCUCCAACAGAUUUAUCUGGACAGAUGGCCUUCAAGUGCUGUUUGUCUUCCAAAGAAUUUCCUCUGUGUUGUACUACUACUUCUACAAGCGGACGUCGGAGUACCUGGGCGACCCUCGCCUCUACGAGGACUCACCGUGGCUGCGGGAGAUCUUCGCCCGUGCCAGGCAGUGAUGUGACGCCGAUCCGGGUUCGGUCAGGAAGCUCAACACGAGACGCUGCAGAGGCCAGAGGUGACGAGGAGCUCGAGGAGCUUGAUGAGGACCUGGCCGGGCGCUUCAGACUGACAGGACCGGCUCGGGUUUCCUGCCUGGGAGGUAAAGAGGAGCGCCACCCCGAGGGAUAACCCUGAGUUUGAGCUGUCUUGGCACCAGUCACCACAUGCCCUGUUUUCUGUUGUUGUAAAUACUGUACAUUCAGGAAGAUGUUGUUGUUUUGCGUGAAUCAAAGGCUCUUCUUGUUGCUUCAA